AUUCUCUGAAGCCUAUCUCAGUUUUGAGCUUUCUCAAGCUGCAGGGAGCCGAAUGGCCCACUAAUUUAAGAGUUAACGUUUAGACAUCUCCUCUAUGUUCUGGUGGAUUUUAAUAAUUUCCUAAAAAAAAAACUUUCGGGAGUCGAGGCGACUUGCACGGUGUCGGAAAGGGAGGAUCACUCCUUGCAGUUCGUGACAGCGCAACCGGAAUACAAACUUUGAGCUUCGUGCAGAAAACGUCUAGGUUGACGCGGUCAGCAACUUACAGGUCCUGAGUAUUAGGACAGCGCUUCCUUGCAGGUAACGGUGGGAAUAUUUAAAGAUGUUGGACGGAAUAAAACUUGAAGACCAUCCGCUGCGGUCAGGACAAGCUACACUUGGAGUUAUGCUGGGGACAGAGUGCCAUCACCAGGCGGUGUGUGAGGGGUGCCAGCGGCCCAUAUCCGACCGCUUUCUGAUGCGCGUCAACGAGUCUUCAUGGCACGAGGAGUGUUUGCAAUGCGCUGUGUGUCAACAACCGCUCACCACCAGCUGCUACUUCCGGGAGAGGAAACUUUACUGCAAACAUGACUACCAACAGUUAUUCGCCACAAAAUGCAGCGGGUGUCUGGAGAAGAUCGCUCCCACAGAGUUUGUGAUGCGAGCGCUCGAGUGCGUGUACCACCUCAACUGCUUCUGCUGCUGUGUAUGUGACCGUCAGCUGAGGAAAGGGGAUGAAUUCGUACUCAAGGACGGACAGCUGCUCUGCAAAAGCGACUACGAAAGGGAGAAAGAUUUGCUCGGCUCUGUCAGCCCAGAUGACUCGGAUUCAGAGAAGAGUGAAGAUGAGGAGCUGGAUAUCAAGCCGGAGAAGGGCUCUGGAGGAGGCGGAAAGGGAGACGAUGGGAAAGACCCCAGAAGACCCAAGCGACCACGCACCAUCCUCACCACACAGCAGAGACGUGCAUUCAAGGCUUCAUUUGAGGUGUCCUCCAAACCUUGUCGGAAAGUAAGAGAGACGCUGGCCGCAGAGACUGGUCUAAGUGUGCGUGUGGUACAAGUUUGGUUUCAGAACCAAAGAGCUAAGAUGAAGAAGUUGGCACGAAGACAGCAGCAGCAACAGGAGCAGCAGAACUCCCAAAGGCUGGGCCAAGAGGUGAUGUCCAAUAGGAUGGAGGGCAUGAUGAACUCCUACACACCACUGGCUCCAGCCCAGCAACAGAUGGUUGCCAUGGAGAACGGUUACAGCACCGAUCCCUUCCAGCAGGGCCUCACCCCUCCUCAGAUGCCCGGGGACCACAUGAACCCAUAUGGAAAUGACUCGAUAUUCCACGAUAUUGACAGCGACACUUCAUUGACCAGCCUCAGUGACUGCUUCAUGGCCUCGUCCGAGGCGGGUUCGAUGCAGGCGAGGGUUGGGAACCCCAUCGAUCGACUCUAUUCCAUGCAGAGCUCCUACUUUGCUUCAUGAAAAGCCAAAUAGACAAGAAAAGGCAAAAGUGGGUCACUCACUGCAGCUCACAAGUCUCCUCAAAGUACGCCGCCUAUCAAGGAAAUGGAACAGAAUUCUCAGCUAAAAUCUAACAUGGGACAACCAGGCAAAAUCUGAAAAGACAAGUGAACCCGAGGACCGAUCGUCCUCAUUUUCUGCAGUGAAGAGCCAGCUCAGGAUGCCAGGGCACCUGAGGCUGUCAGGUUUUUUUCUAGUUACUUGUAGAUUAUUUGUACAUGACUUUCUUGAAAGUAGCAUUUCACCUUCUCUUCAUCGACUCGUGGAAAAAAGACUAAGGCCUAUUGAUGUACAGUUCCAGUCACUGAAGCAUCAAAUGUCCGCUCGACGAGAGAAGCAAAGGACCAAGACACAAAGUUCAUAGUGCAUGAAUUCAUAUCCUCGUGAUUGUUAUGUUAAAAAAAAUUGGAAAAAAAUCUUGUGUUGUUCAGAUGUUGAAAUGUGAUGUUUGGACUCGAUUUCUUCUUUUCGUUAUGUUCAGCAUUACAUUUUUUCACUUUAAUAGGUUAGCCCUCUGAAAGACUGUAGAGAGGGGAAUAUAUGUAUAGUGUAUCUGCAUUUGUAAGGAUGUUUGUUUGUUUGUUUGUGAGUAUGUGUGUGGUCAUCCGGGAUGAAUGUGUGUGACUGUGUGUGUGCGUGCACUGCAGUCUCCCAUGACUGUGUGCUUGUGUGAGUUUAUGCUGUGCGUAUAUUUGAAAGCCGGUAGGGGACUGUCAUUGUAAGCUCGAACCAUGUGUAUAUAUAUAUACUUUCCCAAACAAAUCAUUUGUGCAUGUUAAAAAUGGAGAUCAUUCUAUUUAUUUAACUAAAACAUGCUUUUGAAGGUACUUAAAACUGAAAAGCUUUAUUUAAUAAGGAGAAAAUCAUGUUUAGUAGAUGACGCAUUCAUUUCUCAACACGUUUGUAUGUCUUUUAAUUAUGAAAUACAGUGUAUCUUUAUUCCAGCAAUGUACAUCAGCAAAAUUGUGCUAUUUAUUUGUUACAGCCCUGACAUGGUCAAAAAUGCAUUUCCAAAUGCGCAGAUUGCUAAAUUGCCAAAGUCUGUUGGUACAAUGAAUAAAGUCCUUUUUCUCCUUGA